AUGCCUUACAGUGAAAAUGAGCUUAAUAGCUCAACAAUCACUGCUCAUCGCCAUCAUCCCACGGAAACGCUUGGCCAUGUCCGACUUCAAGACGAAGUCACGGGUGCCACACUUCUCGUGCCCCAACCUUCGUCCGAUCCUAACGAUCCUCUCAAUUGGCCGAAAGCCUUCAAGAUUUAUGUUGCUGUGCUUACUUGCGUAGCGUUGACUUGGGUCAAUUUCUUCGCAGCUGGUCCCGGAGCAGUUUUGGUUGAGAUAGUCAUCGAGGUAUUCGGCGUAUAUCCGCCCGACCCCCGCUUUUCCGCCACGCUGUCUCCGGCGUCGAACGCGGCAUUCUCCUCUGCGGUGAGCAAGGUGGCUUUGCUCUUUUCCACGGCUUCCAUGGCCGCCGGUGUGUGCAACCUUUUGUGGGUCCCGCUCGCCGUAAAAUAUGGCCGUCGCGUGGUAUACACUUCCUCCUACCUCGUUUUCGGACUUUGCUGCAUCUGGUCGGCGCGUGCCACCUCUUACGGUAGUCUUCUAGCUUCGAGGAUCAUAGCAACAUUUUUUGCGGGCAGCACCGAGUGCGUUGCUCCGAUGACUAUCGCGGACAUCUUUUUCUUUCAUGAACGGGGUAGAAUGACGGCGAUAUACUCUGCCGCGCUCUCGACGGGUGCCGCUUUUGGGUUCAUGAUCUCUGGGAUCAUGUCAAUCUCACAGAACUGGAGAAUGUUUUAUUAUUUGUGCGCUGCUCUCGUUCUAGCCACAACGGUUUUGAUCCUUUUUACAAUGCCCGAAACCGCAUAUCAAAGGGAUGGAAGUGGAACAGAGGAAGUGGAAAACGAGAAAAUUUCCAGUGUGUCCGAAGUGGAGCGCGCCGAGGUGUCCAGCACACCCAAGAAAUCCUUUGCUCAGCGGAUGGCCUUCAACCGUGCUCCUCUCACCCAUGAGAGCCUUUGGAAAAUUGCCAUCCGUCCUGUGCUUGUCCUCUUUCUGCCACCAGUCUUCUGGUCUACUGUGUCUUUCGGCAUAGGAAUUGGGAUCUUCGUCACCCUAGGCACCACUGCCGCAACGGCCUUCUCACAGGUCUACGGCUUUACGGUUUGGCAAUUGGGAUUGGUCUGGAUCGCGGGUAUUGUGGGUAACCUGCUAGGCAUACCUUUUGGUGGUUACUUUUCCGAUUGGGUAGCCAACCGCGCUACUUCCCAGAAUGGUGGCAUUCGGGAGCCAGAAAUGCGCCUUCCCGCCGUAAGCAUCGCUAUGGUCACCUACCCAGGGUCACUUCUUCUCUACGGCCUGGGAAUCAACUACAAAGCGCAUUGGAUUGUCCCUACAUUGGGCAUAUUCCUGUUCUCCUUCGGAAGUAGUGCUGCGAUUGGUAUCAGUGUGGUCUAUACAAUCGACUGCUACCGACCGAUUGCUGGGGAGGUCGUGGUGAGCCAGGUCGUCUUCAAAUCCUUUAUAACAUUUCUCAUGUCCUUCUACGCGAACCUAUGGGUGGAUCGCGACGGAUAUGCAGGAGCAUUUGGCGCCAUGGCAGCCUUCAGCUUUGUCGUCCUGGCUUUAUGGAUCCCUCUAUACAUCUGGGGUAAGCAGAUUCGUCAUGCCACUCUCAAAGGGCGUGUGAUGCGACAUGUCCACUGGAAUGCGGACAGAGAGACGGGCGAGUAG